AUGAGACCUGGGAAGGAGUUUGCAGAUAAGCCCUCUAGACCUUGCCAGUUGCUAACAGGGCUCCCCAAGCCCUGGAGUAGACUCAGUUCUGCUCUGGGCAAGCAUGGCCCUGGCUGAGGCCCUGAUGUAGAGCAGAGAUUGAAAUUACUGGCAAAUGGAACUUUGGAGGAGUCUUGCUCUAGGGAACUGGCCUGUGCUUAACCUCCUGCUGAUUAACCCCUGGGUCUGGGCCUCUGGGAGACCUUUCCAGUAGGAGUGGGAUAAUAGACCCAAAUAUGAUCCUCAGCUCAUGUGGGUGUGUGCUCAAGUCUCGAAGGCAAAUACUGAGCAAAGAGACCCUAGGGAGCCAAGGGGUCGGUGGAGUGAAGAGGAAGACCCUUUGGGUGUGCAGUCACUGAGGUAGCCACUGCGUGACUCACAGAUGCUUCUCCCUGGAGUUGGCCUUGGUGUCCCCUCUUGCUGCUGAUUCUGCCCAUUUUGAGUGCAUCUGCCAGGACUCUGCUACAGAGAGUCCUCACUGCUGUCUUUUAUACAUUGACUCAAGUUUCAGCUGGAAGGAGAUCACCUGGUCCUACCUCCAUAUUUUUCAGAUGAAGAGACAGGUCCACAGAGGGAAGUACCCAGAACUGAGGUCACACACCAGCUCGGGAGCCCAACCAUGGACAGGGCUUAGGGCUCCCGCUUCAUCAGCCAGACUUCUGUGCCCCACCUUGCUUUAGAAGGUGCAGUUUAUUAUUCAUCCAGCAGGUGCCUGGUGGUUGACAAUUAGACCUGGUCACAGUGCAGGGAGCUUGCUGGUGGCAGCAGUGGUGGUGGAGAAGUAUAGAGGAAGAGGCAAGGAAACAGAUGAACAAAUUGAAUCACUGAUCACCAGAAAGGUGCCUCCCAGAAUAGGGCCCAUCUCAGAUGAUUGCAGAUUUUAAAUCCUGAUAGAGCCCUCUGGAGGCCAGUCCUGGCAGUUUCCCAGGAUUCGAAGCUAUUAGACCCCACAUGGAAUCAAGUGCGUCAUGUCCAGCAGAUGCUGCACCUUUGGCGAAGAGACAGUUUCGUGUCCUCGUGGGUGUCACUGGGAGUGUUGCAGCCCUGAAGUUGCCUCUUCUGGUGUCUAGGCUUUUGGACAUUCCUGGCCUGGAAGUAGCAGUGGUCACCACCGAGAGAGCCAAACAUUUCUACAGCCCCCAGGACAUUCCUGUCACUCUCUACAGCGACGCUGAUGAAUGGGAGAUGUGGAAGUGCCGAUCCGACCCCGUUCUCCACAUUGACCUGCGGAGGUGGGCAGAUCUCAUGCUGGUGGCUCCUCUUGAUGCCAACACCCUGGGGAAGGUGGCCAGUGGUAUAUGUGACAACUUGCUUACCUGUGUCAUCCGGGCCUGGGACUGCCGAAAGCCCCUGCUCUUCUGCCCGGCGAUGAACACCGCCAUGUGGGAGCAUCCCGUCACCGCGCAGCAGGUGGGCCUGCUCAAGGCCUUCGGCUAUGUGGAGAUUCCUUGUGUGGCCAAGAAGUUGGUGUGUGGAGAUGAAGGUCUAGGGGCCAUGGCUGAGGUGGGCACCAUUGUGGACAAGGUGAAAGAAGUCCUCUUCUGUCGUGGCGGCUCUCAGCAGAGCUGAACCUGGGAUUUCUGUUGUUUGUAUCCUUCUGCACCCUGCGUGUUUUCAGGCCAAGUCUAUGAAGAAGAUGGACAUCGGCAAAAUACGGUGAAGACUUCUGGGUUUACUGAGUAGGGGUGUAGCCUGGGCCUGCUCCAGAGCCUCCCCAGGGGCCUCACUUGCCUCAGGUUAAAUUAGACCAAAGGCCCAGAUCCCAACUUCUUUCCAACUAAGAGAUGGCUGCAUUCUGGGCCCCUCCCCCACCUUCUCCUGGGAUAGGCAUAGCAAGCUGCUGCUGUGUGGCCCUGUGCUCUGGGAAGGGGACUGAGGGAGGACUGAGAAACCUUGAUUCUGCAUCGUGCAGGGGAGCCACUUCAGCUCCUUGGUGGGGUGCCCAGCUGCCAUGCAGAGAGUCAGGGAAGCCUGUAAGUUGGCAAGAUGCCGAGUUUCUCCACAGACCAUGCUGUGAGAUCGGGGGUACUGGGGAAUAAAGAAGAGUGACUUUUA